GGCUAGUAUUACCUGCAUGCUGGCUAAUCAAUAUAUUCAGUGGCUGACAGGCAUGAUGGGGCAGCGGACAAGCACAGCCUCAGGUUCGCGGCUGAAAAUGUGUGUAACAAGGCUAGAUAUGCGAACGUGUAGCACGUUCGUCAACAGGAGUCAACCCUGAUCACCAUUCGCACUUCCCUUUAUUCUCGCAUCAUGGCAUCGCCAAUUUGUUGCGACGUACCCAACCCGCUGUCACCUAUAUCAUCGGUGAACGACACUAGCUCCCUUCCUUCGCCGUUGAGCCUUAACCCUGGAGAAAUUCGCUCUGCUCGAGAUGAUCAGCAUGAAGCGAAACUUCAACAAUGCUGGGACAAGUCAAUCGCAAAGCAUCUGGAUCUGCCAGAUGGAUACCGCAAUGUACAUGUUUUGGUGAUCAAAUGGCAAGAUGCGAUAGAUCAGCUGAACGUGCGGCAAGAGGUCGACGACCUGACGAAUGUCUUCAAAAAGGUCUUCAAUUACGAAGUAACCGAGCUACAACUAGAAGAGAAGAACCCGCAAGUCCAGCUUGAGCUUGAGAUAUAUCGCUGGGUGUACGAGCACGAUGACCCCAACAACCUACUUGUAGUAUACUACGCCGGUCAUGGUGUUUACGACAAGGCUCUCAAGGUCCUUGAGUUCUCACCGACUGACGAUGUAGAAAAUGACCUUCGAGCAAUCUGGAACGAAGCUGAGAGGACCCUAAUUGAGAAAGUCAAAGCCAACGUCCUCACUAUCAUGGACUGCUGCUACGCCAGCGACCUUCUCCGCAACGUCCCCGAGCACGGUCGAACAUUCGAGAUGAUAGCCGCCUCAGAUAUUGGCGCGCCCACCCCUGAGCCCGGCGAGAACUCUUUCACUCGCUGCCUCAUUAGACAUCUGAAGGUAUUAGCCGUGGAAAGCUCCGGUAACUAUGGCAGUUACUUUGACACCCACGAUCUUGUCGAGCGCAUGGCAAAGGAACGUUUUGACUCACCUCCGAGACUAUGGCGGCGGAUCCCAGGCAGUAGCCGACACAUUGAGUUGAGGAAGCUCAAGCCAAAGAAUGAGCGUCCGACGCAGAAAUCUAGCAUAUCGUCCCACGCACGCUUUCUGCAUCUGGGGUUUGCGCUGAAACAUGAAACCAUUGACGAGUCGCAGAUCCGAUACUUGACGAAGGAGCUUCCGGCCUUAUUCUCGAGUAAAGGGCUACCAUUGGUCAACAUCAAGUGGCUGGGAUGUAGGAAAGAGGGCAAACCAACGCUUAAGGAUAUCGCACACUUCGUAUCGAAGAAUCGGAGAGAGCUUUCUGCUGUUACGCCGCCACCUUCAGGGAGGAAGAGAAGUGCUGAUAAGGCGGAUUUGGACGAGUCUAUAUCGGAUCGACGGUGGUCCAAGCAACCGAUGUUGAACACACAUGCCUCUCUGGGGGAGUAGAUGUCACACUCGAACGUUAAUCCUCUUGUAUACCAUAUUCUAUGAAUAACGCCACCUAAUUACCUGCUGUCUCGAAUAGUUAGGAAGCUACUGUGUAUCAGCCUGUAGAAAUUACCUUCUUCGCAUAUUUGCUCUUCCUUUAUCUCGUUCCCUCCUCCACGCGCUACGGUAAUUCUCUCCGUUAUUCAUCUACUUGCAGUCUUCAUCACCGAAUAGAGUCAAUGAAUAAUCAUUGGAAGUUCC